CUCCACGAACUGGCUGACCAACACUUUGUUAGCGUGGUUGACCAUUUCAUUUGCCAUAGGGCAACAAAGCCCAUACGAGAGCUCCAUAUAUGUGUCGCCCUGACAUGACGUUCCUACCGAAGUGCAUCCUGCUGGCAGUUCACAUAAGAUACAAGUACGGAGUAAUGGACCCGCUGUUUUUCCUCUCCCGCAACUCGUAGACUCGGAACACAUUCAACAACCGACACAAUCGCACAACCCUUCAAGAGAGAGUACGCCCAACUUGCGCUGCUCAGUUUCGCAAUAGUCCGCCGGAAAACAAGCUUAUCAGGAUGGCGCCGCCACAAAAGUCUGACAAAGAAGUCGCUGCCGAGUUCACGUCAUACUACCUGCAGCGGGCAACGACAGAGUUUGCCGAAGACCUCGACAAGGUGCGCGCCGCUGACGACUUCAAGAACGACGCGCUCCAGAUUCUCGUGAGCGCCCUGAAGCAGGGGACAGCACUAUUUUCUCCCGAGGAACAGAGGAGGAUAGUCACGGCCGCGGCUCCCCCUGAGAACACACGCUGAAGUAAAAGUUGCGAGCCGGUGCGAACCUCAACCACCCGGUUCUCGAUCCGAACGCUUUGAUGGAUGGUCCCCUUUUCAUCUGCGCGCAAAGGACGCCAUUGAAACUUCCGCAGGCCCAAUACAGUCCCAAUUCCUUCGUUCGUCUUUUGAAUUUUUGGGGGGGGGAGGGUUUUCAUGCCCUGCGUGUCACCUCGACAACCAAACAUCUGAACUGCGGAACCAAGAAAUACCAAGCAGAGAAGUUCCGCCGCGCCCUCAAACUGCUUGAUCUCUCGACGCAUGUUUACCGUCCUUGCACCGCCACGCCAACGCUCGCCCACCUCGCCCUUCCUCCGCCACGCAACCACCCUCCCUCAGUUUACCAGUCUCCAUACUACGGACUGCGGCGGUGUCAAGUCAAACCGGCACGACCGCAUCCCCGGGCCGUCAAUGUCACUUUAUGAGUUACG